AAUUAAUUAAUUAAUAAAAUAAAAAGGGGGACUGAAGUCUCAGCCGAGGCGUGAUGGAGGGAAGUCUUGGUGUGGGUCUCCUCGGCGGCUACUGCUGUUGCAUCUUCCUCUUUCUUUUCGUCUUCUUCACUACUUGCUCUGCUUCUCUUCUUCCCAUCGGAAUCCACCCUCUAGAUGACAAGUAUUAUGCUUCGGAGGUGAUCAAAUGCAAAGACGGGUCAAAAUCUCUCACCAGAGACCGUAUCAAUGACGACUUCUGCGACUGCCUUGACGGCACUGAUGAACCUGGAACGUCAGCCUGUCCAACGGGUAAAUUUUAUUGCAAGAAUGUAGGAAGUACACCUCAGUUUUUGUUUUCUUCUCGAGUGAAUGAUCAAUUCUGUGAUUGCUGUGAUGGAAGUGAUGAGUAUGAUGGUAGCAUUAUUUGUUUCAACACGUGUGUCAUGGGUGGGAAUGUUGGAUACGAAACUAUAAAUUAUAAAUCAACGACUGCUGUUGAUGAUGUGAAAGUAACUGAAAAAGGAAUUAUUUCAGAGGAUUCAACUCAGAAAUUUAAAGGUUUGAAGAUAUUCAUAAUCCUACAGGCAAUUCUCAUCAGUUUUGUAGUGGCUUUCGGUUUGUUUCGUAGGCGUGGGAAAUUGAGAAGACGACAUAUUCACCGACCAAGUUUAACUUGAGAUUGCUAUUCUAAUUUUGAUCAUUUCUUAUUAGGCUCUUCUUAUUUGUCUUUCAGUUCUGCCUAUAAAAUUGUAAUUUCUACUUUGAUUUCAUAUUUGUACUAUCUUUCUAGUUUUUUUUUUUUAUUUUUUAUUAUCACUAUAUUGUCUGAAUUUAUGCUAGAUUCCUUUAGAAAUGUCUAAUGGACUUGUAUCAGAGUCCAAAUCCUUACUGAAUUGCUAGCCUUAGGCUUCGUUUGGGAAGUGGGUUGGUUUUUAGUUUUUUUGACUAUUUUAGCUUGGGGCUAAAAAGCCUGGUUUAGGAAGGAUUUUUAGUUUUUUUGACU